AUGGAUAUUGAGCUUGUUGAGAAUGAGCUAUCGUUUGCCACAGCCCCCCGGGUCUCAGUAGAUGUUCGCAAGCUAUCGGUUAUCGGCCCCAAAAAUGUGGCCAUUGUGCAAGACAUCUCGAUGAAAAUUCCUAGUGGUUCUAUCAUGGCAAUCAUAGGAGGCUCGGGAUCUGGAAAAACUACGCUUUUGAAUGUACUGGCUUCUAAAAUUCCCAGAAAUUUGAAAUAUACCGGUUCCUUUAACUACGUCCCUGAUGCAGCGCAGCAAAAUGUCAUUUCAGUAGAAUCAUCUCCGGUACAUAAUUCUCGUUGUACAACUGCUUACUUAACACAGCAAGAUGUGCUUUCCCCAAGAUUAACCUGCCUUGAAACUUUGCAGUACGCUGCUGAUCUCAAGCUCGGCGUCAGCAAGAAGGAGCGCCAAGUUUUGGUCAAUGAAUUGAUCGCUGAGUUGGGAUUACGUGAUUGUGCCGAAACACUUGUGGGAGAUCCUCGUCACCCGGGGCUUUCAGGUGGGGAGAAGCGCAGACUCAGCAUCGGAGUACAGAUGAUUUCAAAUCCAUCACUUCUGUUUUUAGAUGAGCCUACAACGGGCUUGGACGCUUACUCCGCUUAUUUGCUGGUCAAAACGCUUCGAAAGUUGGCACAUGAAGGAGGGAGAACCUUCGUCAUGAGCGUUCAUCAACCACGAGCGGAUAUCCUCUUCCUUUUGGAUCAGGUUUGUAUUCUAUCGAAGGGCUACAAUGUCUAUUGUGAUGACGUUGUGAAAAUGGUGCCGUAUUUCAGACAGCUGGGAUUCAAGGUCCCAGAGCAUGUUAAUCCUGCAGAUUAUUUUGUUGAUAUAUGCAGCGUUGAUACGAGAUCUGAGGAACUUAAGCAACAAACCUCGGAUAGACUCAAGAAGCUCAUAGAAAGCUGGCAAGAGCCGCAAAAUGAGAUCAAGUUCAUUGAAUUGAAUAUGGCUUAUUCACUUUCUGUGAUGCCCCAUGUUUCAUUUUCAACACAAGUUAGAGUGCUCACGAGGCGAGCGUUCAAGGUCAAUUGGAGAGAUCCGAUGACCACCGCAGCACUCUUACUCGAACCUGUGUUGGUUGGUGUAAUCACUGGAUGGAUUUUCUAUAAACCUGAUCCCACCUCAGCCAAGGGAAUAAGGACUUUUACAUCAGCACUAUAUUCCGCGGCGGCAUUGCAGGGUUAUCUUUUUCUACUAUUUGAGAUUUAUCGACUUUGCGAACAAGACAUUAAAGUUUACGAUCGCGAAAGGGCCGAAGGCUGUGUAACACCUUGGUCUUUUGUUAUCGCCCGAAGACUAGCAAAUUUUCUAACCGAAGAUUUGGCAAUACCUUUACUAUUCUCGCUUGUUACAUUUUUCAUGUACGGGAUGCAUGCCGAAGCAAAAUCAUUCUUCACCUUUUUUUCGGUAGUGCUACUAGUUCAUCAGUGCUCUACGUCCUUUGCCCUUGUUGCAGUUGCAAUUUCUCGAGACUUUUCUAAAGCUUCACUGGUGGGUAAUCUCAAUUACACUUUACAAUCAAUGGCAUGUGGAUUUUUCGUUAACGCUAAACAAAUGCCUGUUUAUGUCAGAUGGACGAAAUACAUCGCCUAUCUAUGGUGUGCAUUCGGGGCCAUGAUGUCCAAUGGGUUUGCCGACCUCACUUGUGAGUCUGAGCAGAGGGAGGCAUGCGUCGGCAAUAUGGUGCUGAAUAGCCUUGGGAUCCCACGAGCCUGGAGGACAGUCCCAAUUAUAAUAAUUUUUUGCUGGUCGAUUGGAUUCUAUGCUGUUGCAGUAUUGAUAUUCCAGCUAAAAACAGUCGACGUAAGUCUCGCUAAACAGGUCGAAAGCAGUAAGACUGCUUCAAAAACUACCAGGGACAACACGCCAGAUUUGGAAUCAAAUACUCUUGGCUCGAGUUCUUCGCUUCAAGAAGCCCUGCAAGUUGAAAUUCGAUCUCUCAACAUGAAAAUCCGGAUAAGACGAACCUGGACGACCAUCAAAGCAGCCCAGAAUUCUCCAGAUAAUAUCGCCAUUUUGAACAACAUCAAUGCUGUUUUCAAGCCCAACACCAUUAACGCAAUAAUGGGUCCCUCCGGCUCAGGAAAGUCCACACUACUCAAUAUAUUAUCAGGGAAAGUUCGGUCAAAGUUUUGGACAUCGGUGGACACAACAGGGACUAUUCACCUGAACGGAACCCAAGUGUCUGAACAAAUGCUGAAAGGUUUAUGUUCCUUUGUUCCGCAAGAUGACGACCACUUGUUGGCACAACUCACCGUCAAGGAGACAUUAUCUUUGGCGGCGGAUUUGAGAUUGUCAGCUCUCCGAUCAGAGGAGCGCAUCUCAAGAGUGAACGAAAUAAUCUCAGAGCUAGGCUUGAAACAUUGUGAAGACACACUAGUUGGAAGCGAGCUUUUAAAGGGGAUAAGUGGUGGUGAGAAAAGAAGAGUGUCUAUGGGAAUUCACCUUCUAACAGACCCGUCAAUAUUAUUGCUCGACGAACCUACUUCUGGGCUAGACAGUUUUACUUCUUUCAAGAUUUUAGAGGUCCUGAGCAAUAUCAGCAAAAAGCCGGGCAAAACAGUCAUCAUUAGCAUCCAUCAGCCGCGCGCAGAGGUAUUCCAACAGCUGGGGAACAUAUUGUUGCUGGCCAAAGGUGGCCGCGUGGUGUACAAUGGAGGGCCACUUGACAUGAUUGACUAUUUUCGACGCCUUGGAUUUGAAUGCCCCCCUCUGACCAACGUAGCGGAUUAUUUUCUGGACAUGGUAUCUGUAAAUACCCAGAAUGAUAUCAACGAGUCAAAUUCUCGGGACAGGGUCGAAUUGCUGCUUUCGAACUGGGAUUUGGAAGCAAACGAACUGGCUACCUGCGGUAGCAAAUUGAAGCACGAAGGGUUUGUAGUGGAAGGCCGCGGUCGGAAAAAAGCACCCUUUCUUGUGGCCUACAAAGUUUGUGUGAGACGUCAAGCCAAGACAAUCAGGCGUAAUAUGGAAUCUUUGAGUGCCAGGUUAGCGCAAAUUCCAGGCGUUGGCAUUAUACUUGCUCUUUUUUUUGCACCAAUCAAACACGACUAUGCCAGUAUCUCCAAUAGGCUCGGCCUGGUUCAACAGUCUACAGCUUUGUAUUUCACUGGUAUGCUGACGAACCUUGCGUGCUAUCCUAGUGAACGAAACUAUUUCUAUCGGGAGUUCGAUGAUAACGUUUAUGGAAUCACACCUUUUUUCCUCGGUUACAUGACGCUGGAGAUCCCUAUGGCUGCGUUUGCUUCCGCUUUGUUCGCGAUAUUUAUGGUGCUGGUAUGUGGUCUGAAUCGGUCUGCGGACAAUUUUUUUGUCACGAUGUACUGCAGCAUGGUCAUAUCAACUUGCGGCGAGGCUUUGGGAAUUAUCACCAACACUCUUUUCACCACCCCGGGUUUUGUAGUCACCGUUGUGUCGAUUGUUCUUACGAUAGGUUGUGUGAUGUCCGGUCUGAUGUCAUUGCAAAUGUCGCAAGUGCUACGAGGUUUCAACUAUUUGAGUCCGUUGAACUACACAUCAAUAGUUUUGAUCAAUUACGCGUUUCCGAACAAUCUCAAGCUAACAUGCUCGGACGGGGGCCGAAACGCGGACGGCUCGUGCCUUUUUUCAUCAGGUCCACAAGUGCUCGAGAGUUUCGACUUACAGCACGACACGGGUCACUAUCUAGGAAUUAUCAUAUGUGUUUGGUUUGCAUACCGAUUGAUUGCGUUCUUGAUCCUAAAGGCCAAGCUCGAAUGGAUAAGGUGGUAA